AGCAGUGGAACUGCACCGGCUCUGAUGCUUGUGCUGAUUUCAGUGUGUUAAAACAAUGUUGAUCUGUGCGAGUGUUUCCUCUCCUCUCUGCCUGAUCUGAGUUCACUACGUCAGCAGCACCUUGAGCCAAGAAAAAGUCUUGUUUAAGAGUGUCUGCUUCUUGGACAGAAACACUCCCAGGUGAAUCUGGGACCUUCCAGCUUCUGGGGUUUUUUGAGAUGUCGUUUGAGAGUGGGAUGAACCAAAGUGCAGAUUGUUAAGAUUUUUUGUGUUCUUCCUGCAUAUCUGACACCCUGCUCUCUGCUUCUCCACUCCUUGUUUAGGAGGCAGCACAUCUCUCUUCAAGGGACGCUGCACCUAGUCUUUGACAAUGAAGUUCAACUUGUUCAGAAGGCCACAGGCCGUGGCGGCCGCCGAGCCCACCGGUGCCACCACCGCGACCAUGGCUCCCACCCCGGCGUUCAGUGCCGCCGUUACCACCUCGGUGCCGGACACCUCUGGCUCCAACAACACCGAGAUCAGCAAGAACGACAUGUUUGAGGAGAUCAAGAGCAAAUUCUUGAAUGAAAUUGAUAAAAUCCCAUUGCCUCCAUGGGCUCUGAUCGCCAUCGCCGUGGUGGCCGCGUUGCUCAUCCUCACCUGCUGCCUCUGCAUAAUCAAAAAAUGCUGCUGCAAGAAGAAGAAGAACAAGAAAGGGAAGAAGGGCAAGGAUGGCUUCAACAUGAAGAACAUGCAGGGCGAGGACGACGACGAGGACGACGAGGGAGAGACCGGACUCACUGAGGAGGAGAAAGAGGAGGAAGAGAAAGAAGAGGAGAAGCUGGGGAAGCUGCAAUAUUCUAUAGAUUAUGACUUUGAAGCUGGAAAGCUCACAGUUGGCAUCCUUCAAGCUGCGGACCUCAUAUCCAUGGACUCAGGUGGAACCUCCGAUCCUUACGUUAAAGUCCAGCUCCUACCUGAAAAGAAGAAGAAGUAUGACACCAAAGUCCACAAGAAAACACUCAACCCCGUCUUCAAUGAGACAUUUAUAUUCAAGGUGGUCUACGAGGAACUCGGUGGGAAGACUCUGCUGAUGUCUGUUUACGACUACGACCGAUUUUCCAAACAUGACGUCAUCGGAGAGGUGAAGAUUGCCAUGAACACCAUCGACCUCGGACGGCCGAUCGAGGAGUGGAAGGAUCUGGAGAGCGCCGAUCAAGAGGAGCCUGAGAAACUGGGAGACAUCUGCAUCUCCCUCCGUUACGUCCCCACCGCCGGGAAACUCACCGUCUGCAUCCUGGAGGCAAAGAACCUGAAGAAGAUGGACGCCUGCGGAUUAUCUGAUCCUUAUGUGAAGAUCCAGCUGCUGCAGGGGGGUAAGCGUUUGAAGAAGAAGAAGACUACAGUGAAGAAGAACACCCUGAACCCUUACUAUAAUGAAUCCUUCAGCUUUGAAAUCCCUCUGGAACAGAUGCAGAAAAUCUUGGUGGCGGUCACAGUGUUUGAUUAUGACAAGAUCGGUAAGAAUGACGCCAUCGGAAAGAUCUUCGUGGGCAGUAAGGCGUCCGGCCUCGGUCUGAAGCACUGGUCCGACAUGCUUACUAACCCGCGCCGCCCCAUCGCCCAGUGGCAUCCAUUGCAGCCAGAGGAGGAUAUCGAUGGUCAGCUGGCAUCCUUGAAUGCAAAGAAGUAACGUGCUCCACAAACCAGCUAAUGCACUAACUCAGAAAUCCAACCCCCACCCCUACUUUGCAUGAAACCCACGACUUAACAACAUGACUACUCGUCAUGAAACCUGCUCAGCAAAAAAGAGACAUCUUAGAAUAUCCGCUCAUUCACAGUUAAGUCGAGAAAAAAAAACUCUUUUUAAGCAUCACAUUUCACACAUUAGUGUAUGCUGAGAAGAGUGGCGUUGAGUUAUCGGGUGACUGGUUCAUGAAUGAUCGACUGUUUGGUCUUUCUUUCAUUUUGAAGAAACUGAUUCUUAGGGUGCUGACACUGAACGAAAGUCUUGGUGAAGACAAUGCUGGAAAUAAAGCUUUAGUUUAGUUUAUAGAGCAUGCUUUACUUACCUCCCCAUUGCUCUGCAUACACCACGCCCAGCAUUGUAUCUUGCUAAUAAGUGUGCUAUAACUUGCAAUAGAAAGUACCGUAGUAUUGGGUUAUUUCCUGCAUAGAGUCUGUUUUAAGUCUAUUAAUGCAAAAAUAUUUAAUUGAGAAUGAAUGAGGUCAAGGUUACUGAAUGCAGCGAUCCAUGUUGCAAUAUAUUUUCAAGAUAAAUCUGCAUAAAUGAUUGUCUUCAUUUUAUCAGUACAGUACAGUAGAAUACAGUAUGGAGCCGUUGAUAUAAGUUGCUUGUUUUUUGUUGCCAUGAAGGCACGUCUAUGCAUUUCUGUGUCUUCAGACAGAUCUAACGUAGGACAGGAAUACAAGGGUGCCUUUCCUGAUAUGACACUUUGAGAAAUACAGUAAGCUUCAUUGUUUUAUUUCGAAGAGAAACUUUUGAAAGUUGUUCAAAAGUAGUCAGGGACACUGUGAAUGUGCCAUCUGGAAUCUGUCUUGAGCUGUGUUGACCACUUGGAUGUAAAACCUUACUUAUCUGUGGAUGAAGUAAGGAUACGAGAAGGCUUACCAAUGAAAUUAUGCUUCUUUAAAUUGUGCUCUUGCUUCCUAAAAAUGGUGCCAUCCAACCCAUUUUUGUUUCGAUAUCCAUUAAACGGAAUAUAUGUUUUUUAUUUAACGAAUGUUGUGGUUUACCAAACAUACUGCAGUACACUUCAAUACUUUAGUUUCUGGUGAAACAAUACAAGAAUUUCUGUCAAAGACGAGAUGUUUUUAUAAAGAACUGAAUUUGAAAUGUGAGAUAGAGAGCGUGAAUUCAAGAGCAAAAAUGCAGGUUUGCAAAAGUCUCAAAAGGGCAAGAGUUACAUCAAAACAUAAUAAUACAAUAAACAUAUCUUGGACCAUUUUAGCUUGAACCAAAUAGAGCUGCAGAAUCUAGCAUGUAUCAUGCCUCGCAGUAUUUCACGUUGUUUGGAUCGCUCAAUCAUCGCCGGCCACAAGCUUUGUAAACCUGGAGCCAAAGUGCUGCAACAUGGUGGUGUUACAACUCCAUCACAGACAUACUGUGUUAGACUGAUGUGCAGAGGUAUGGAGGCAAAAAUAAGCCAUAAGAAUUUGUAUCUUAUAAGCACCUAAUAGUAAAGUUUCAUUACUCCUAAAUACUUAAUGUUGACAUUUUAAUACCUCUGAAUUUAUCUCAUUGAAAUAUUUUCCUUGGAGAACCAUUUACCUGAAUUCAUGUGGUUUGAAUUCCCCACCUUGAAACUUCAAUGACUGAAUGAUUCAAUUCACGUGUGUGUUGAAGUUCGCAAGAUUAAUUCACAUGAAGCUGUAUUCAAGUAGCUCGAAUUCAAGCUUAAAAUUCAAGUCAAGUUCAUUUUAAUGCCAAACUUUAUGAUGAAAAAUUAUAUCUUGAAAAUUUGGACUACCAAGUAUAACCUGAAUUACGAUUUGAUAAAAGAAAUAUGAAUAAAACCCCAUGUUAGUAUUUAUAGAGUAAAAUAAAAACACAAAUAGGAAUACAAAUUGGUGUGAUGCUGAUCGAUCUUUAGUAUAUUUAUUGUCACAAUAACCAAGAGUUUAAUCACCAGUUAGAAUAUUGUUAAAAUGUCCAGCUUCUAUCACUCCAAAUGGUUAUAGCACCAAUUAAACUUUGACCAAACCUACUGAACAAAAGAGCCCAGAAUAACCGUGUCUUGUGUGGAAAAAAAGAAGUGUAACAGUAUCUACUUUUAGGUAAUUAAAUAAAAAA